UAUGCAUUUCCACAUAUACCAGGCAUGGAUUGUUCGGGCAUAGUCGUUAAUGUCGGUUCAUCUGUAGAACGCUUAAAAGUCGGUGAUGCUGUCUAUGGUAACAUGGGUUAUGGAAAUGCCUUUGCUGAAUACGUCCGUGCUGAUGAAUCAUUAUUCGCAUUGAAACCAGCAAACCUAUCGUUUGCAGAAGCAGCAGCUGUUCCAUUAGCUGGUGAAACAGCUUAUGAAGCACUUUUUCAACAAGGAGAAAUUACACGAGAUUCAAAAGUGUUUAUUUGUGGUGGUCCAACAGGAGUGGGAUUAUUUGGGAUACAAUUAGCAAAAGCAGUAGGAGCGCAUAUUGCAUGUACUAGUUCAUCGAGAAACAUGGAUACAGUUAAGAAGUUAGGUUACAAUGCAACCGAAAAUGUGAGCGAAGUAAUGAAGCCUAAUAAUGAUGAUCUCUUAGUAAUCGAUUAUACAAAAUACAACUUUGGGGAAAUACUUCAUCAUCAAAAUUAUGAUGUUGUCUUUGAUUGUGUUGGAGGACAAGAACAGUGGGAAUCAGCACAACAAAUAUUAAAAGCAGGUGGCCGUUUCAUUACAAUUGUUGGUGAUGAUCCACAUUCGAAUUUAACAGUGAAAAACAUUGUUACGAUGGGUGCUGGUGUUAUUAAUCGUAAAUUUUGGUCUUUGGUUGGACAAGAACCAUCCUACAUAUUUCAUAUAUUGAAACAUGAUUAUCGUCAUUUAGAUGACAUGAGAGUGAAUUAUAUUGAAACAGGAAAAAUGAAAUCUAUAAUUGAUCAUGUCUACGACUUUUAUAACCUAAAAGAAUUGCAUGAAAUGUACGAUCGAUCAAAAUCAGGAAAAGCACAAGGAAAAAUGGUCGCACAAAUUAUUAAAGAUUAG